UUGUUCCGGCAUUCAAUUUAAAUUGCUUAAACUUAAAGUAAAUCCACAAAAUGGGAGGCAAGAAUAAUAAAAAGUCCCGCGCUGAUGCGGUGUCCUCCAAGAAAUCAGUACCGAACACUAAUCCUUUCGACACGGCGAUCGCCCAAACCGCUAAGCGAUUAAAUCCAUUCGACGUGCAUGUAAAUAAGGAGAAGUUCAAAAUCUUGGGUCGGAUCUGCAAGCAUGACCGAGGCAUGCCUGGCGUUUCACGAGCCAAGGCGCUGCAGAAGCGCGCUCAGACAAUCGGCAAGCAAUAUGCGGUUAAAAACAAGACCAACAAAUUUAUGGAUCAUCGCAUUGGCAAACAUCUGAGCGGUGACCAGCUGACCGAGUCGGUGAUGAAUGCCCGCUAUCUGUCUGAGAAGCUAGCACAAGUGCGAGCCUCCAACAAGGCGGAGAAGUUCAAUCUGAAUGACGAUGAACUGCUCACACAUAGAGGACAAACGCUCGAGGAGAUUGAGCAGUACAGAGACGAGCGAUCCGAUGACGAGGAGCUGGACGACGAGGUGGAUGCUGAGUUCACGUCCACGGCUCAUUUCGGCGGAGAUGGCGAUACGCCACAGGAUCGCCAAACAGCCAUUGAAGAAAUGAUUAGUGAACAGAAGCGUCGCAAGAAUGAAAUUGCCAAGGAUAAGGAUGAAGUGUAUGACCUGACUGAGAAAUUGGAUGCCAACUACAAACAGCUAUUGCCGCUCGUAGCAAAGGCAACCAAGGAUGAACAGCAUGAAAAGCCACCGCCAGAUGCAUAUGACAAAUUGCUUAAGGAGAUGAUCUUCGAACCGCGUGGCAGUGUCACGGACAAACUCAUAAAACCCGAAGAACUCGCCAAACAGGAGGCAGCGCGUCUGGAGAAACUUGAAAACGAAAGAUUGCGACGCAUGAAGGCGGAUGGUGAGGAGCAGGAAACAAAUGUACAGGUCACACAUCGUUCCGCUGAUGACCUGGACGAUGGUUACUUUGUGGCGGGCAACGAGGACGAUGCAGACGAUACGCUAGCCUAUGAUUUGGAUGGCAAUCUUGGCACGCAUCUGAAUGACAGAAAGCAGCCAAAUAAAUCAGCAGCAAAGCAGAGGGAUGAUGAUGACAACGUUGAUGAUGGAAGUGAAGAUGAAGAUGAAGGUGAAGAAGAGGAAGAAGAUAGCGACUCUGAGGUAGAUAACUUAAGUGAUCUUAAGGAAUCGGAAAGCGAGUCCGAGCCAGAAGAAAUACCACAGCCAUCUAAAAGUAAAGCCAAGUCUCCAAAAGAGAAAUCAUCGAAACCAAUAGAUAUGAGCAUACCCUUUACCAUCAAGAUGUCGAAGACUUAUGAGGACUUUACCGAACUACUUGGCAAGUAUACGCCGGCACAGCGGGCGAUCGUUGUGGAGCGUAUUAUCAAGUGCAAUGAUCCCAAGCUGGAGGGCGUCAAUCGUGAAAGUGUUGUGAAACUUUUUGCCUUUCUGCUGCAGUACAUUAAGGACCUGUUCGAGGAUGCCAGUGAGCAGGAUAUCCUUCCACAUUUCCAGCUUGUUUCGCUGCUAAUGCCGCACCUCUAUGACCUAAUACAACUUAAUCCCGAGCGCAUGUCCAACACGCUGCUGGAUGUGAUCAAGGAGAAGUAUGCUGACUAUCGCAAAAAUCACAAGGCUUAUCCAUCGCUGGAAACACUCAUCUACUUUAAGCUCGUCUCGAAUAUGUAUUCCACUUCGGACUUUCGGCAUCCUGUGGCCACGCCCACAUACAUUUUCAUGCAGCACAUUCUGUCGAGGGCGCGUGUUCGCACUCGUCAGGAUAUUGCCAUGGGUCUAUUCAUAGUUACCAUUGCCCAGGAGUUUGGAUCGCGCUCCAAGCGUUUUUUGCCUGCCGUCUUCAAUUUCCUGCAGGGCAUUGUACACAUGGCUAUACCCAAGCGGGAAGCGGAGCAGCUGGAGAUUGUGCCGCCUUUUGAGCGGGAUGGACUCUUUAGCAAACUACUGGCCAUUCCAGCCACCAGCGAGAGCAAGUCCCUUGGGCCCCAGCAAAUGCAGGCGGCUGAUCUGGUGACGCUCUCACUCACACUGGACUUUAAAGUACGGGCACUGGAUACUGCGUUGCGUCUAAUCCACCAAGUCAUGGAGGAACUUGUGAGUGAGCACACUGGCGCCUGCUUUUUGGCCACACCUUUCUUGGCUCUGCUGGAACGUCUGCCGUUAGAACCCUAUCCCGAACAUGUACAUCAACACUAUGCCGAGGCUAAAUCUCUGGUGGAGCGUUUGGCGGCACAGAAAAUGAAACCUCUGGCGCCUCCAGAUAGAAAGCCAAAGGCAUUGCGUCUGCUGGAGCCGCGCUUUGAAGUCGUCUACGAUGACAAGCGACGUCCCAAGUUGUCCAAGCAGAAGGAGGAGCGUGUCAAGCUGCUGCACAAGAUCAAGCGUGAGAAGAAGGGUGCGAUUCGGGAAAUACGACGAGACACGGCCUUUGUACAGGAUCUCAAGCUUAAGCAACAGCUGCAAAGCGACAAGGAGCGUAACGAGAAGGUCAAGCGGAUCUACCAGGAAGCAUCCAUGCAGCAAGGCGAGCUCAACGAACUGGCGCGUGCCAAGAAGCGUAAAAAGUUCUAAGUGUCUUCCGCAACUUGUGUUUAUAAUUACAAUUAUUAUUCUUAUUAUUAUUAAUAUUAUAAAAGAAAAGUAUGUACAUAUA